CAUUGUUCCGUAUUUACAACCGAAACAGAACUUGGAGAAUGAGCAAGUUGCUUAUGAAAAUAUUGCAUACAGAGUUCAAUGUUUGCCCAACCCAAGAAAUUUUCCUCAAUAACAAUAGGACUCGGAUUUUGUUCUUUUAUACAGAGUCAAUAGGCAAUGGUUCAAAUUUUUCGAUGUGUUUGCCAAUACCGUCUGCUUAGGAACUUGAUGGUCCGUGAGAAAGGAACAAGUCAGAUGAAUCGACGCGAUUGAGAAGGCCACAGCAAUCUACCUUUCCUCCAGAUAAGCUGUUUGCUACGCUCAGGGUCUUCUUUUGACUUAAACUUACAUGGUUGACUUGGAAACUAGUUGAAUUUAAAAUAACAAUAAAGGUUCUUGAUACAUCAUGAACUGAAAAUACAGGUAUAUCACGUCUGAUCUUAUUAUCUCCAAUCGUACUUCUUGGUGGUUAUUUACUUCCAAUAGAGAAACAUAGCAGGACACGAUUCAAUUUCUCUCCGGAAACGUAUGCAGAGGUCAAAUUAAUGGAUACUCGAAUAUAUUAUUGCAGCAGUACAUCUUUCACGAUGUAUCAUGUAAUUGUCAUGAUGAUGGUACUGGUGUCAUUAUUAAACAGUUGCAAGGCAGAUGAUGCGUGUACCAAUAGCCCAUGCCAGAAUGGAGGAAUAUGCUUUCUUGCUUCGAACCCAUCGGCUAGCAUUGCUUUUAUAUGUACCUGUCCUCAAGAUUUCGAAGGUCCUUUAUGUGAGACAGCGACUGGCUCAGCUCCUUCUCCUCCUGUGCUCGCCAAUACCCCAUGCUCCAGCGGGCCAUGUAGGAAUGGCGCCACGUGUAUUAACCCUACCAAUCCCCUAUCCACUACCGCCCUCUGCCAGUGCGCCCCAGGGUACGUCGGUUAUACCUGUGACAGGCUAGACACUGGGAAAGGCGACUGUGACCCCAAUCCUUGUGGAGACUUUGGAACGUGUGACCCCAGUCCAUUUGCUCUCAGGGGUUACUCGUGUCAAUGUAUACAUGGCUAUACAGGGGCUAACUGUGAGUUGAGUCUCUCUGGAGAAUACAACGGUUGUGGUAGCUCGCCUUGCUUGAAUGGAGCACAAUGUAUGAAUCAAUAUGAAACCUAUGACUACUACUGCGCCUGCGCAUCAGGAUACAGUGGUCGCCAUUGUGAAGUGGAAGGUCCAUGUGUUGGGAAGCCUUGCCUCAAUGGAGGAACAUGCCAGGAGGAAGCCUUUGCUUCCAUUGGUUACAUAUGUGCUUGUACUUCGGAAUAUUUUGGAGAAAACUGCUCAGAAGCUUACCAAUCUAACCCAUGUAGCCCAAGUCCAUGUAUGAAUGAAGGAUCGUGCUUCCAACUGAUGGAGUCAGAAGUCAACCAAAACUUGGCACCAUACUUUUGCUUUUGUCCUGCUGGUUAUGUAGGCAGCACAUGCCAAAAUAUAGAUCCAUGUUAUUCUAGUCCGUGUAUGAAUAAAGGAACAUGUACCCUGAUCGCACCAGGUGGUAAUGAAGACAUGGUACAAGGAUUCUGGUGUGACUGCCCAUCUGACUUCACUGGUACCACGUGCUCUCAACCAGAUCCCUGCUCAUCCAACCCCUGUCGCAAUGGAGCGACUUGUAUGACCGUUCGUGACGUCUUUGAUCCAUUAUUUGAAGAUGGAAGUGCAGGUUAUAUGUGUGAUUGUGACCUUGGCUGGGCAGGAGUCAACUGCGAAGAGGAGUUGCCAAUUUAUGAUGCCUGUUCAUCAGAUCCUUGUUUAAAUGGCGCAAAUUGCACCGCCAUAAACAGUUUCUACUUAUGUGAAUGUGCUGAUGGAUUCGUCGGAUCUAACUGUGAGCUUAUUGACCCGUGUUCAUCCAGCCCAUGUGUCAAUGAUGGUCAGUGUUUCAUCAGCGCUCAAUUGAAUUCAUUCAUAUGUCAGUGUGCUAUGCCGUUCAUGGGGCAAUAUUGCGAAAUAUUUUAUGAGCACCCGUGUUUGUCUGGUCCAUGUUUGAACGGCGGAAGCUGUACGUUCGAUAUCAAUGUCUAUGAAUGCCAAUGCGCACCGGGAUUCCUUGGUUUACAGUGUGAAUCUCCAGACCCGUGCUUUCCUCCACAAUGUCAGAAUGAUGGUGUAUGUUGGCGUAAUGCUGAUGCUACUGACUUCUUGUGUCAAUGUGCUUCUGGAUACACAGGGACGUACUGUGAAGAAAUCUCAAGUCACCCAACUCCAAUAAUGUAUCACUGUGAAUCGAACCCUUGUGAGGGUGAUAGUACGUGUGAGCUUGAAGGGCCUGAUUCAUCGGGUAAUUUCUACCCUAUGUGCCUAUGUCCGCUGGGUUUUACCGGAGUCACCUGCGGCAUCGAACUCCCACCUACUCCUAAGUGCCAACCGAACCCCUGUUUGAACGGAGGAGGAUGUACACCAUCUCCGAGUGCACAUGUUGGAUACAUAUGCAGCUGUCAGCAAGGUUACACCGGAAUGAACUGUGAACACACCGAUGUACUACCUUCUGACCUGCCCAUCGCCACUGAAACUGAAAUUCCGACUGCCCAAACCCGAGAGAUCCAGCCAUGCCAGUCGAACCCCUGUCAGAAUGAUGGCACAUGUGUAGAUAAUGACGAACUAUUUAUUUGUCUUUGUCCAACCUUCUUCGUUGGACCUGCAUGCGCCACGGAUAUUCGAGAUUGUUCGUUCGGAGGUCAAUCAUUCAAAGACGGAGACAUUCGAAACGAGGGGUGUGGAGAAUGUGUGUGUGACAACUCGGAAUGGGAGUGUACUACCAAUGUGUGUGAAUGUUACGCAGAUGGAAAUGUAUACAAUAACGAGGAUACUUGGUAUGAAGACUGCAAUACAUGUUCCUGCCAAGAUGGUAUUACUUUGUGUACAACCAUUGAUUGCAGUUCAGUUUGUCUUCAUGAUGGUCAGCUUUAUGAUGUCGGUAGACAACGAAAUGACAGAUGUUCUACAUGUCUUUGUCAGUUCGGUCGCUGGUACUGCGCUCAACUCGAUGACUGUGUUGACAACACUUGUAUGUAUGGUAGUACGCCCUACGAGGAAGGAACCAUUCGCCCACAGCACUGCAACCUCUGUACUUGUCAGCAGAAUGACUGGCAAUGCACAACGAGCAGCUGUGAUAUGUAUCCUGUGGUUACUCAAGUCACCAUUGAAUUGGACAAAGCUAUUCCAGCAGGAAAGGAGAGUGACUUUAAGGAUGCAUUUCGGACAGGAAUGGUCCAAACCUUCGUAAUUGGCAACACACAGAUUCAAAAUAUGGAAAUCCGCCCUUCUAAUGGGAGCCGAACGUAUCUCCAAUUUAGUAUUGUCAAGAAUUCGUCGGAGGAAAUCAGUGUUGAUGUCAUAACAGAAGCAAUCCAAACCAAAGUGGAGGGUGGAAACCUUGAGCUCGUGUUCGAGGGUCAAACAUACCGUGCCAUCUCGUCUACGUUCACGGAAAUCGACAUUGAUAUGACGACUGAGAAACCAUCGGACGAGGGGAGAAAUAACAUGUCGGUGAUCAUUGGGGCCGUUGGAGGAUCAAUCGGCAUCCUUGUCAUUAUCAUGUGCAUUAUCGCCUUCUUGUAUUUUUACUCAAAGAGGAAAGGCGGCAAAGAAGGCAAUGCCAACGUCCCACUACAUCUACAGCGAUUUGAUGCGGUGACCCCGCCCGAAUCACCCGUUAGUCGCAACGAGCGAUCGCAAACAGUUCCAGCUCAUUACCGCUUCAAGACGAACCCAUACAUAUAAACCACAAGGGUGUCGAAUCCAGAACCUAGAAGAUUAAGUGUCAUUCUUUGUACAGAUUCGUGUAAUGCUUCGUAUGUCAACGUGCCUCAGUGAAUGUAGGCCUACCAUUUUCAAUUACUUACAUUAAUCUAUAUAGGAUUUAUAGACCUCUGUAACAGAUAUAAUGCAGUCUCUCGUAAAAUAUUUCAGUCCACGUGCGUGGUUUCGUUUGUUUAUUUGACAAUGAUUGCUCCUAUAUAUAUCAUCGUUCCAAAUAGCUAAUUACGAGCUUGAGUAAAUUAAAGAUAUCUAUUGAGCUAACUGGGAUUAUUUAUAGGUCAACGUAUAGUGAAUUUAUAUAUCAGUGCAUUAUGUGCAUGCUAAUGUUUUAAUUUAGAUUCUACCUCAAAUUGUAAGAGUGAAAAAAAAGUAAAUAUUAAACCAAUGAAAUAAGAACUUGCCUUUAUGUUCAAUGAUUGCAUAAUUAUACUGCUGUUUUAUAGUCUAUUUAUAAUGUAAGUUACUUUCUUUUUUAUCUUUAUAUUUUCGUAUGUGAAUUAAGUUGUAAAUAUAUCCGCUCGUUAAUAAUUUUGUUUCCAGGAAAGAUCUGAAAUAACGUAAAUGGCAUCAUUCACUACUGUAAGAGCUUUAAUGUAUUCUUUUUGGCUGUGAAGGUUAUUUAAUUUUUGGAGGAAAAAAUUGUAUUUUUAUUUACUUUUCCUUAAAUCAUUUCAAAGUAUACAUGUUAAAAUAAUGUGUGGGAUAAACCAGGAAGGUGAGACAAACACUCCCUGGAUUAACUCAGGGGAGUUGCUAUAACGAACGGCGGAGUAGGCCUGUGUGGUGUCGGGACAAUUUUGGUAACAUUUUCUGGAACUAAUUAAACAAGCACAUCACUUUUUCAAAUUGGGGAACAGGUAUUUAAAACAAGGGAUCUAAAGGGAUCUUAAAAUAUCUGCCGAAAUAAUUUUCUUCCUUGCAGAUUUUCUUUCGGGGUGGGGGGUGUUGUCGCGCCCACCCACACCCCCUAUAUAGGGACAUCCAUACACGUAGAGAUGUCUAAUAAAUCUGUUGAUUGUAAUUAUUUUGAAUCAUAUUUCUUACUGGACAGGACAAUAUUGUUACUUUGUAAUUAACAUAGGUUUCGGACAUAAAGUAUUCUGUAAUUUAAUGCUUUGCACAUUUCUCAACAUCUUGCUGGUCAAGGUGGUAAUGUUAUUGCUUUAACUACAGGAUUAUAUGCUUUGUUGCCUAGUAAAAUAUGCAGAUAAAUUAUGAAGAAAAUAUAUAUAUAUAUAUAUAUA